UCACUAUCUGUGGUUUCAGGCAUCCACUGGGGGGUCCUAGAACAUGUAUCCUGUGGAUAAGAGGAGGGUAGAAAUACUGUGUAUAUAACAUAUUGGUGACAACCAAACAACUGCUUAUUGUCUUCAUAGUAUUCGUUUUCAUUUUUGUCUUCCCCCACUAAUGUACCAACAGGAUUUGCCCUGAAGAAAAUUUGCAUAUAGCUGCAGAAGCUACUGUGGACACUGACUUCUGCAGUUCAUUCUUCAGGACCUGCAGGAACUCCAUGUUGUUUUACAGGCCUACUUGAGUCUUCACAAGGCCAUUCCACCAUUCUAUCAAGCCAGCUGCUCUGGAAUGGUGGAGAACAUGGGAUCUGUGUCUUUUGAGGACGUGGCUGUGGAUUUUACUCGACAGGAGUGGCAGCAACUGGACCCUGCUCAGAGGACUAUGCACAAGGAUGUGAUGCUAGAGAACUACAGCAAUUUGGCAUCUGUAGGCCUCUGCGUGGCCAAACCAGAGAUGAUCUUCAAGUUGGAGCAAGGAGAAGAGCUAUGGGUAUUAGAGGAGGAAUCCUCAGGCCAUGGUUACCCAGGAUCUCUUUCACUGCUGUGUGGCAACAAUUCUGUUGGGGGUAAUGCCCUCAGGCAUGAUAAUGACCUUCUUCAGCAUCAGAAGAUUCAAAUUUUGGAUCAAACUCUUGAAUAUAGUGGAUAUGGGAAAGUCUUGUACAAGAAAAUGGGCUUUGUUGGACAUAAAAGAACACAUACAAGAGAUAAAACCUUUGACUGUUAUGAAUGUGGGAAAACUUACUGUAGGAAAUCAAACCUUAUUGAACAUCUGAGAGUACACACAGGGGAGAAACCUUAUAAAUGUAAUCACUGUAAAAAAACCUUUAGUGCAAGAUCAUACCUCAUUGCUCAUCAUAAAACUCACACAGGGGAAAAGCCCUUUGAAUGUAAUGAAUGUGGGAAAUCUUUUGGUAGGAAGUCACAACUCAUUCUACAUCAGAGAACACACACAGGAGAGAGACCAUAUGAAUGUACUGAAUGUAAGAAAACCUUUUCUGAGAAGGCAACCCUCACAAUUCAUCAGAGAACUCACACAGGGGAGAAACCCUAUGAGUGUAGGGAAUGUGGGAGAAAAUUUUGUGUUAAAAUAUCUCUUACCCAGCACCAGAGAACUCACACUGGGGAGAAACCCUAUGAAUGUGGUGACUGUGGGAAAAACUUCCGUGCAAAGAAAUCCCUAAAUCAACACCAGAGAACUCACACAGGUGAGAAACCCUAUAAGUGUGAGGAAUGUGGGAAAUUCUUUAGAAUGAGGACUACUCUCAAUAAUCAUCAGAGAACUCACACAGGUGAAAAACCCUAUCAGUGUAAUGAAUGUGGAAAAUCAUUCAGGGUGCACUCAUCUCUUGGGAUACAUCAGCGAAUUCACACAGGAGAGAAACCUUAUGAAUGUAAUAAAUGUGGUAAUGCCUUCUAUGUUAAAGCACGCCUCAUCAAACAUCAGAGAAUGCAUUCAGGAGAGAAACCUUAUGAAUGUGGUGAAUGUGGAAAGAUCUUUAGUAUGAAGAAAUCCCUUUGUCAACACCAGAAAACUCACACAGGAGAGAAACCUUAUGAAUGUAGUGAAUGUGGAAAUGCCUUUUAUUAGAAAAUAUGUCUUACUGAACAUCAGCGAAUUCACACAGGAGAGAGACCCUUUGAAUGUCAAGAAUGUGGGAAAGCCUUUUGCCGCAAAGCACACCUCACAGAACAUCAGAGAAUGCACUUAGGUCAGCGCUUGCCUUAUGCUGUGGAGAAAGUUUCUCUGUGAAGACUCCCCUCAUCAUUUGAUCAAGCCCGUUUGGACCAUCUGAUCACCAGAGCACACAGAAUGCAUCUGUUACAGUUUGACUCCUACAUUGGUAUGAAAAUAUGUCCUGAUCCCCUUAGGGGAUAGCUCAUUGUUGUUUUUCUUUCAUUUGGAUUUUCUUAAUUAGUGGUGAAGUUGAACAUCUUCCUCUCUGUUGAUUGGCUAUUUGGGUUUUUGUUCUGUACAUUGACUAUUCAUAUCCUCUAUUCAUAUCCUUUUGCUCAUUGUUUUCUUUUCUUUUUUUAAAGAUUUUAUUUAUUUUUAGACAGAGGGGAAGGGAGGGAG